AGGCGUUCUGUCCGACUAAUGUGUACAGAGUGCGUAAGUUUGAAAGAUCCUGAACUUCUGGUAUGAUCAGCUUCUGAGGCGCUCAUACACCCGCGCUUGUGUAGACACGGCAGAUGCACGUAUGCGGGCUUUUAACGGCGCUUGCGUAUAUGGGCUAUGUCGUCUGCUGCGCCGCUGCUUCGCACCUGUACGUCUGCUAAAUAAAGUUUGUAUACCACCACCUGUACGUCUGCACCACGGUGUAAGAAUAGGCUGUGGUCUGCACGAAGCCGGCGCCGGCAAUAGAGAGCGUAGAGAGGGCGCAAUAUAAUCGCGAAUCAGCUCUGCGCUUUUUCUGCACCUUUUGUAACGAAUGGCGAGGUGCAGCACUUUGCAAAGUGGUGUAGGUGAAUCGAACGUACCUUAGGUGCGUUCGAUUCACCUACAUCACAUACGAACCGUAGCGAAGCCGCCACGGAAAGCUGGAUUGUGGAUCGGAUUAAAACAAUGAUUAUUACACUUUUUUUUUUGUUUUUGUCAUUCUCUGAUGCUGGUGCGACCCGCGCGACUCGAACACACUUCCCGGUGCGCUUGUUUUCAUUGCGUAUGACGAGCCGUAAUUCAUGAAGUAAUAAUGUACUUUUGCUCUGGCAAUUCGAGAGGUGGCGCAUAGUGAAGCCAAGAAAUUUCGGGGCUAUAAAAGAACGUCGGUUCCUUGGUUUUCUCUGUCCUAUCGUCUAUCGUCCAGGAUACGUGCCAUCGCCAUCGACAGUCUUGCCGUAGCCUUGCUAGUUCGCAACGUGCACGAUGCCGAAACCAUAUAGGGUUGUCAAAUUCCCCGACGAGAAAGACAGCUUGGCAGUUGUGCGAACCUCGUGGCUAGCUCACAAUGAAGAGCUCUGCUUCUGGCCCCAAUGUGUCAGGGGGUCAGAAGUGAUUACAAUGAUUCAACACGAAGUUGCCCCACAACAAGAUUGGGGAACGUAUCCCGUUGUUGUGAUGGCGAGGUGCAGCACUUACGAAAAGGCAACGAGAAGAGCAAAAAGAGCAGAAGCUCUGUCUGGUGUGGACACAACAGAGCAGUCGGGCAAUGAUGCUUGCCAUGGAGAUGACGACGAGGAUGCAGCUUCAUCGCCUCGACUGGAGCUGCCUGCACCGCCCUCCCUAGCUGCACCAGCUCAUGAGAGCAUCACGGGCACAUCCCUGGAGCCAGGUGGAAAUGGAGGCCCUGAGGAGAUGAUGCCGGUGAUGCUGCGGGUGCUGCGGGUGCAGCUAGAGGUCAGGCAGCAGAACAGAGAGCUGCAUCAUGAGCUGCAGCAGCUGAGGCACGAGGUACGGGUCAUGUCUGAGAGGCUACAUGAAAUUGAGUCUCUCGACAGGACCCGUACCGCGCCUCAACCUGCCCAGCAUACGGUGCCUGCCAGUCUCCCUCGGCUGCCUGCCAACAGCUUGGAGGAACUGGAAGCAGCCGAGGCAGCGGUAGGCGACGACGCUGUGGCUGCCACCUUGCGCAAGCACCUCCUACAUAUAGGAGGGACGUCUCUGCGUGAGGUGGCAUCGAAUGCCAUGAAGGCUGUAAUGGCACAUCCGGUGCAAGUGCUUUACAGCCUUCAUGGCAGAAAAGGCAAGCGAGCCUUCAUUAAUUUGAAGCUUUGCCGUAUAGUCACAGAUGUUGUCUGUGAGAAGGGCCACGUCGACGUGGUAGAGGCCCAGAGCUUCUUGAAGAAGUGGUUGCCAGGGUCUGUGGACAGGGGUGGCGGCAGGAAGAGGCGUUUCGCCGAAACGUUCGCAGCAGAGGACCCCAGUGAUCCCUGCCCUCGAGACGGGGAUCAUUGCUUGACCCCUGCUGCCCUCUCCCUACCCCACCCUUGCCCUCGGAGCCCUGGCCCGUCCGACCCCAGCCGUCCAGCUGCCUCCCCUGCAGAUGUGUAGUUCUGCACAAGACCUACAGCCAUGUGAUCUAUAAAUAAAUAAGUUAUUUUCAUUUACAA